AUGGUCGUUAGUGGCGACCUGCUCGCGGGGCAAGGUGGCGUCCCCCGCGUCACUACACACUACACGACACAGCAUCGUGUUACAAGUACUUGUGGCUAUGUGCGUGGCCGCCAGCUGCAGGUCGUUGGCGACCUGCUCUGCGGCAUCAUAGGUGGCGUCCCCGCGUCCACCUUACACACUACACCACACAGAAGCGUGUACAAUACCUGUGGCAUGUGCGUGCCUGCACCAGCUGCAGGUCGUUGGGCGAGUCCUGCUCUGCGGCAAGCUGCAGGUCGUUGGGCGACCUGCUCUGCGGCAAGGUGGCGUCCCCGCGUCACUACACACUACACAAACACAGCAGCGUGUACAAGUACCUGUGGGCAUGUGCGUGGCCGCCAGCUGCAGGUCGUUGGGCGACCUGCUCUGCGGCAAGGUGGCGUCCCCGCGUCAAUACACACUACACAACACAGCAGCGUGUACAAGUACCUGUGGGCAUGUGCGUGGCCGCCAGCUGCAGGUCGUUGGGCGACCUGCUCUGCGGCAAGGUGGCGUCCCCGCGUCACUACACACUACACAACACAGCAGCGUGUACAAGUACCUGUGGGCAUGUGCGUGGCCGCCAGCUGCAGGUCGUUGGGCGACCUGCUCUGCGGCAAGGUGGCGUCCCCGCGUCACUACACACUACACAACACAGCAGCGUGUACAAGUACCUGUGGGCAUGUGCGUGGCCGCCAGCUGCAGGUCGUUGGGCGACCUGCUCUGCGGCAAGGUGGCGUCCCCGCGUCACUACACACUACAAAACACAGCAGCGUGUACAAGUACCUGUGGGCAUGUGCGUGGCCGCCAGCUGCAGGUCGUUGGGCGACCUGCUCUGCGGCAAGGUGGCGUCCCCGCGUCACUACACACUACACAACACAGCAGCGUGUACAAGUACCUGUGGGCAUGUGCGUGGCCGCCAGCUGCAGGUCGUUGGGCGACCUGCUCUGCGGCAAGGUGGCGUCCCCGCGUCACUACACACUACACAACACAGCAGCGUGUACAAGUACCUGUGGGCAUGUGCGUGGCCGCCAGCUGCAGGUCGUUGGGCGACCUGCUCUGCGGCAAGGUGGCGUCCCCGCGUCACUACACACUACACAACACAGCAGCGUGUACAAGUACCUGUGGGCAUGUGCGUGGCCGCCAGCUGCAGGUCGUUGGGCGACCUGCUCUGCGGCAAGGUGGCGUCCCCGCGUCACUACACACUACAAAACACAGCAGCGUGUACAAGUACCUGUGGGCAUGUGCGUGGCCGCCAGCUGCAGGUCGUUGGGCGACCUGCUCUGCGGCAAGGUGGCGUCCCCGCGUCACUACACACUACACAACACAGCAGCGUGUACAAGUACCUGUGGGCAUGUGCGUGGCCGCCAGCUGCAGGUCGUUGGGCGACCUGCUCUGCGGCAAGGUGGCGUCCCCGCGUCACUACACACUACAAAACACAGCAGCGUGUACAAGUACCUGUGGGCAUGUGCGUGGCCGCCAGCUGCAGGUCGUUGGGCGACCUGCUCUGCGGCAAGGUGGCGUCCCCGCGUCACUACACACUACACAACACAGCAGCGUGUACAAGUACCUGUGGGCAUGUGCGUGGCCGCCAGCUGCAGGUCGUUGGGCGACCUGCUCUGCGGCAAGGUGGCGUUCCCGCGCCACGCCAGCGCGUUGUUGAGCACGUUGUUGUGCGUCGUGCUGUUGUGGCCCGCGCUGUUGGCCGACAUGUUGGCUGACACGUUCGCUGACACGUUGGCCGACGCGGCGGCGGACGCGCGGGACCCGAACGAUGAGUACGCUGCACAAACAGUAUAA